AUGAAGAAGUUCACGAAACCCGCGCUUCCCGUGGGCCAAUCAGGUCUACAGUUGCGUGGACUCAUUACUGCGGACGAGCUCAAACGGCUGAAAAAAGAGCAGGCCGAAAAAGACGAGCGACGCAAGAUCGAGGUGGAACUCGGCAUCGAAAACAACAAGGAAGAGGGUCCGUUGAAAACCAAACCCGCCAAGAAAAAGACAGAGAAGAAACGGAUAAAGCUGGCGUACGAUGAGGAGGACGAGGAGGACGAGGCUCCGGUGCUCAAGAAGCGCACCGUUAUCAAGAACCCCAAGGCAGACACUGGUGGGCUAAAAACCAAGGGCCAGGUGCAGAAGGAGAAGGGCAAGGAAUGGGAAAACCGCAUGGGACUGGUGGAGAAGCAAAAGGCGAUGAAGCUAGAGCCGUUCGUGAUCCGAUUUGUGUUCUAUGACGGCACCCAGGCGCCUGGACAGGUGACUGUCAAGAAGGGAGAUCCGAUCUGGCAGAUUCUAGCUCGUGCACAGCGGAUUAAAAAGGAGUUCCACAGACUCAGCGUCGACGAUAUGAUGUUGGUGGUCAACAAUCUCAUCAUUCCACACAACUAUGAGCUAUUCUGGUUUCUUGACAAGCCUGUGAGAACCAAGAUGGGCAACCUGUUCGACCAGACAGAGGCCGACAGUACAACCAACACCAAGGUGGUGUCACGGCUGUGGUUUGAGCGCAACAAGCAUGUGUUUCCUGCAACGCUAUGGAAGGAGUUUGACCCAACUGUGGACUACAGUAAACAGGUUCUUAGGGAUAAAUGGGGAGAGGUUUUGUUUGAAGGUUAG